AUGAUAUUAUAGAAAAAAUACUAUCAAGAUCUAUAAAAAGUAUUUUUGAAUUCUUCACUUUAAUCUCAUUAAGUUCUCCAUAUUGCUCAAAGUGGAAAAUUAUUUGGUACAAUUGGUGCAUCAGGCUUAAGUUUUGCUUUAGAAAAAUGCACAAAUGUCUCAAAUUUGACACUUGAUCUUGGGUGUAAUAAAAUUGGUGAUGAAGAUGCCUCGGGCUUAAGUUAAGCUUUAGAAAAGUGCACUAAUCUCUCAAAUUUGACACUUCUUCUCUAUGGAAAUUAAAUUGGUGCAAUCGGUGUAUAAUGCUUAGGUUCUGCUUUAGAAAAAUGCACUAAUCUCUCAAAUUUGAAACUUAAUCUUUAUGGAAACUAAAUUGAUGACGAAGGUGCAUCAGGUUUAGGUUAAUCUUUAGGUAAGUGCAUUAAUCUCUAAAAUUUGGCAAUUCAUCUUAAAUCCAAUCAAAUUGGUGCAACUGGUGCUUCAGGCUUAAUUUCUGCUUUAGAAAAGUGUAAUCAUCUCUCAAAUUUGAUACUUGAUCUUUAUAGAAAUAAAAUUGGUUAAUUAGGUGCAUCAAGCUUAGGCUUAGCUUUAGCAAAGUGCACUAAUAUCUCAAAGUUGGAACUUGAUCUUUGUGGAAAUUAAAUUGGUAUAAUUGGUGCAUUAGAUUUAGGUUAUUCUUUAGGAAAUUGCACUAAUCUCUAACAUUUAAAACUUGAUCUCUAUGAAAAUGAAAUUAAUGAAUAAGUUGUACCAGGCUUAGGUUAUGCUUUAGAAAAGUGCAUUAAUCUCUAAAAUUUUAUGCUUAAUCUUUGGUCAAAUAAAAUUGGUGCAAUCGGUGCAUCAAAUUUAGGUUCUGCUUUAGUAAAGUGCACUAAUCUCACAAAUUUGACACUUGAUCUCUAUAGAAAUUUAAUAGGUGAUGAAGGUACAUUAGGCUUAUGCUCUGGUUUAGAAAAGAGCACUAAUCUCUCAAAUUUAAAACUUGAUCUUGGGUAGAAUAAAAUUAGUGUAAUUGGUGCUUCAGGCUUAUAUUCGUCUUUAGGAAAGUGCACUAAUCUCUCUAAUUUGAUACUUGAUCUUAGUGGAAAUUAAAUUGGUAAAAUUGAUGCCUCAGUCUUAGGUGCUGUUUUUGGAAAAUGUACUAAUCUCUCAAAUUUAAAAUUAUAUCUUAGAGAAAAUUAAAUUAGCAAUGAUGGUAUAUCAUUAGGUUCUGCUUUAGAAAACUGCACUAAUCUCUCAAAUUUGACACUUGAUCUCUAGUAUAAACAUUUUAUUUAUCUUUGA